GGGGGGGGGGGGAAGCGCCCAAGAGACACCGAAAACUCCUUCAUUUGCUUUGCUGUCUCCUUCCCUGCUGCAACAUUUUGGGAGACUGAGCGGAAGGAGGACAAGACUGGGACAUGGGGUUCUAAAGGUUUUUAAAGGCAUUGCAAAAAACAUUCCUGCUGCCUUCCUCUCUCAGGCCAUUCUAGUCCUCGCUUCAACGCUGAUUUAAAGUGUGAAGAUGUCCUCCAUGUUCGGCAAAUCUCGGCCGGCUCCAUGUGUUCAUGACCGCCAUCUCUCCAGCCUGGUCCCAGAAUGCAAUGUGGCCAUCUUAGGAUGCCGAGGGUCGGGAAAAUCAGCGCUCACAGUGAAGUUUCUAACCAAGAGGUUUAUAAGCGAAUAUGAUCCCAACCUAGAAGACACAUAUGCGUCAGAAGAAGUGGUGGACCAACAGCCGGUCUUGAUGAAGGUGAUGGAUACAGCGGACCAGGAUGUCCCUGUGAGCUGCGAGCGCUACCUCAACUGGGCAAACGCCUUCAUCGUCGUCUAUAGCAUCAACAACCGGAAGAGCUUUGAGGCCAGCCAACUGUACCUGGAUAUCAUUGCGCUCCACCUGAAGAACGCCCAGCUUGAGGCACCCGUUCUUCUCAUAGGAAACAAGCUGGACAUGGAACAGUACAGGCAGGUGACCAAAGCUGAAGGCAUCUCCGUCGCUACCAAGUACGGCACUCUCUUCUACGAAGUCUCAGCCUGCCAGGACUUCAAAUCAGUGCAGCAUGUUUUCCAUGAAGCCGUGCGUGAAGCGAGACGAGAGGCGGAGAGGAAUGUGGCAGUCCGGCCCUUGUUCAUCAUCGAGGAUAAACCUUCUCUCCACUUCGUGCCUCCAACCAGUGUGGCCUCCAAGCCAGGCCUGGCCAGCUGCACCUAUAGCACCCUUUCCACAGUGAACUACAAGGAAAUCCCUUCCGUGGCCCAAGCCAAGCUCGUGACGGUCAAAUCCUCACGGGCUCAGAGCAAGAGGAAGGCGCCAACGUUGACGUUGCUGAAGGGCUUUAAGAUCUUUUAAAGCCAGGAUGGACAACCAGCAGAGACCAAUAAGGCCACAUUAGCAUUCCUUGGGACCUUGAGAGGCUACAUCCCCUUCUUAGUAUAUCCAUUUUUAAAUAUUUCUCACCAAAAUCCCCCCCUUGUUCCAUGGUUUGAGGAGAGAUCUUGCCUAUUUUGGCUACAAACAAAUCCCUCUUGUUUCAAAAAAAGGAGCCAACCAGUUGACUUCCUUGAUGUAAGACCAUUGGGAGGCAAUGAUAUGACUGAUUUCCCUCAUUUUGAUUGGAUCACCAUAUCAGUUUUUAAAUGUUCUUCACCAAAAUGUCUCCCAGAUUAAGACUCCCAUAUUUUGGGGGGAAUCUUAAUCCAUUUUAGGUCCAAGAGAAGCCCUUCUGUUCCAAACAAGAAGUCAACCAGUUGGGAGGCAAUGAUAUGACCAAGUUUACCAAUUUUCGUUGGCAUCAAAGGACAUCUUUGACCAAAAAGACCCAUAUUCGAUGAAACCAAGGUUUUUGCAGAUCUCAAAAACAACCUUGGAUGGUUCAAUUUCCUCACCCCUGUUUUAAGGGGAGACUAUAAGAGAUGAAGAAGAAACUUGGACAACCCACUGGACCCAUCCAGAAGUUGUUGGAUGUGCCAAACAAUGGACUUUUCCUUGCAAUACAGCAUAACAUUCUAUCAGAAACUCAAUGAGCUGUUGAGGAAUGGGCAGCAGGUAAAAGUCCUUGGUGUUAAACCAUCAAAGUGCCAAUAUCUCCACUGGUUGGAGUGUUUUGCACCAUUUUGGGAUCUGUAGGGGAGAAAACCCAACACAUAGUUGGGUUUGUUCACUGUGGUUGGUUACGAUGGAGCAUGAGUCCCUCUCCUUAUGGCCCAGAGGGACAAUGUGCUAUAGCUAUUGAACUCAUGCUCUCAAUCUUGGAUUAAUGGCUCCCAUGUUGACCAUAAGCUGCAAUAUGGAAGACCUCUUGGUGGAUCAAGCUGGUGGUGGCAUCCUCCAACAUUCAUAGGUGAAAAUUGGGAACAAGCAAGAUCAGGGGAUGGUUAAGACUACAAAAGUUCUUAAUGAGGAAGAACAGAGAUGGACAACUACAGGUAUUCUGUUGUUGAUGAUGAUAAUCAUCUCCAUCCUCAUCAUCUGAGGUGAGAUUUACAACUUCAGAAGUUAUUGGACUGCUGAUGCCUACAGAUCUAGCAAACAUAAGAUGCAUCUACACUUCGGUAUUAAAGCAAUUUGAGACUACUUUAACUGCCAUGGCUCAAUGGAGCUGACAUUGUGCAAGGUCUUGAGCCUUCUCUGCCAAAAGGUGCAGACUACAAAUCCCAUGAUUUCAUUACAUUGUGCCAUGGCAGUACGAGUGAUGUCAACCUACAUUAAUUCUACUGUACCCAUAGUAAGGAUUCUGCUUCCCACUCUUGUAUUUUUUGUAGCCCCAAACUCAAAUAGAUUCUGUAUGAAGGAUAAACUAUACUGCCUUGUUGCACAUAUUCCUGAAGCUUUGCAGAAUUUGUUGGUGUUUCUGGAAGAUGGAGGAGGAAAACAGUUCCCCCCCCCCCCCCCCCAAGGCAUGGAAGUAAGGAAAGAAUAAGCGGAGAGGAAGCCAGCACAGCAGAAUGAAAGAAUUGGGUCGAAGGGACACAGAGCCCGCUGGCGGAAGAAGAGUCACAUGCAAAACUGUGUGUCUCUGCACCGGUGUUUCCCAACCUUUGGUCCAUGGACCACCAGUGGUCCAUGUUACACCGUUGCAAUGAGAACAAUUGGUCUCGCGAAACCCUUUUAUAGUGCCAAGGCUUAUUAAAUACGGUUUUCUGUGAACGAGUAGAUGACAACUACUGAAUGGCACAUGUUCUGUAUCAGAAACUAGAGCUGAUGUGGUCUAUCCAAUGCAAUUUUCUGAAUCAGCACCCCAAAUAACCAAACUAAAUCUAAAGAUGACCAAAACUGAUUCAUAACCCUUUUGGUACUAAUGUUGGAGAUUGGUCCCUGGUCAAAGUGGUCCCUGGUCAAAAAGGGUUGGGAACCACUGGUCUACGCUAUAGAAUGAACGCAGUUCAUCUCUACUUGAACUGCUAUGCAAUGGAAUCAUUGGAGUUGUAGUUUUGCAAGGUCUUAAGCCAGGCAUGAGCAAACUUUUUUCCCUUGGGGCUACAUUGAUGACCUGGCCAAGAGGGCCGGGCCAGAAAAGAGGGGGCAAUAGUAACUCAAAACGCAGAUGUCUAUAAUCUACAGCGAAACUUAAAAAGGAAAGUAUGAUAUAUAAUGUGUGAGUACUACAUUGGUAAUGUAAUAUUAUCUUCUAUAUAAACAACUUUUAGUGGCACUUGUUAUACAAGCUGCAAAAGAAGGGGAUUAUGGUGUCAUAUUAACAUCAAUCUAAACUGGAUUUGACUAGAAACAGUGGUAGAUCAUAGCCCUCUGGAAUCUCUUACGUUUACUAGUAGUAUAUAUUGCAAUGAAUACUUUACUUAAGGUAUCCACUACUUGUAUUCUCAUUCACUACAUUAGUAUAGUUCUUAACAUAAAGGAAUACUCUUGACAACACUUACAAAGGUACAGUAGAGUCUCACUUAUCCAACAUUCGCUUAUCCAACGUUCUGGAUUAUCCAACGCAUUUUUGUAGUCAAUGUUUUCAAUACAUCGUGAUAUUUUGGUGCUAAAUUCGUAAAUACAGUAAUUACUACGUAGAAUUACUGCAUAUUGAACUACUUUUUCUGUCAAAUUUGUUGUAUAACAUGAUGUUUUGGUGCUUAAUUUGUAAAAUCAUAACCUUAAUCUCUCCUUAUUAUCCAACAUUUUCGUUUAUCCAACGUUCUGCCGGCCCGUUUAUGUUGGAUAAGUGAGACUCUACUGUAUUAUGGAAAAACUAUUCCUAUUUAUAAUUUAAGUGCCAGUUAUGUCAAAUAGAAAUCAAAACCAGAUAAAGUCUUAUUGUUGACUUAAUAACAAUCAAAAUUGCUGUCGCAGCAUUGAGUCAAGGUCAAUAAACAGUUCUUAACAUGCAGAUGUACAAAAGGCAACACUUCACAUAAGUCUCAACAUAAAACUGUUGUACUCUCUAGAUUGGUUACAAUCUUGUCAAAUCAAAUAAAUGAAAAACAAGCAGAAUCUACUGCCCUCUUGAUAGUGUUCUCAAGUGUAGAAAGCUUAGAAAAAGACAGUUAAGUAAUUAAUAUAACAUCUUUAGAAGUUCUUCUUAGAAGUUCUUCUUAGUAGCUCCUGGAUACCAUACUUUCCUUUUUAUGUUUCACAGAAGACGGUGGCCAGGCACAUGCUGGGUAUGGAGGGCCAGGAAAUGGCAUGGCAAGGGUCAUUGUCAGGUGGUUUUCCCAACAUAAGGAUGGGCUGCUCAUCCCAUGCUGGGAGAAAGGCAAGGCACGCAGCGACUGCCCCAAUCCUUCUCCCGAUCCUCAAGCUGCCCUCUUGGCAUUAUGCCAGAAGGAGGGCGAGACAGGUGUUGGCUGAGAGUGCUCUGGGGGGCUUCUUCGAGCCGUCUUCCUGGCAUAAGGAAACCUCUCUAUAAUCCCAAGCAUGCCCAGAUAGGCUUUGCAGAUUUCCCUCUUAGAAUCAUAGAAUCAUAGAAUAGUAGAGUUGGAAGAGACCUCAUGGGCCAUCUAGUCCAACCUCCCGCUAAGAAGCAGGAAAUCGCAUUCAAAGCACCCCCGACAGAUGGCCAUCCAGCCUCUGCUUAAAAGCUUCCAAAGAAGGAGCCUCCACCACAGUCUGGGGGAGAGAGUUCCACUGCCGAACAGCCCUCACUGUGAGGAAGUUCUUCCUGAUGUUCAGGUGGAAUCUCCUUUCCUGUAGUUUGAAGCCAUUGUUCCGUGUCCUAGUCUGCAGGGCAGCAGAAAAUAAGCUUGCUCCCUCCUGCCUAUGACUUCCCCUCACAUAUUUGUACAUGGCUAUCAUGUCUCCUCUCAGCCUUCUCUUCUGCAGGCUAAACAUGCCCAGCUCUUUAAGCCGCUCCUCAUAGGGCUUGUUCUCCAGACCCUUGAUCAUUUUAGUUGCCCUCCUCUGGACGCUUUCCAGCUUGUCAACAUCUCCCUUCAACUGCGGUACCCAAAAUUGGACACAGUGUGAUUCCAGGUGUGGUCUGACCAAGGCAGAAUAGAGGGGAGCAGGACUUCCCUGGAUCUAGACGCUAUUCCCCUCUUGAUGCAGGCCAGAAUCCCAUUGGCUUUUUUAGCUGCCGCAUCACAUUGUAGGCUCAUGUUUAACUUGUUGUCCACGAGGACUCCAAGGUCUUUUUCGCACACAUGCUGUCAAGCCAGGUGUCCCCCAUUCUGUAUCUUUGAUUUCCAUUUUUUCUGCCGAAGUGAAGUAUCUUGCAUUUGUCCCUGUUGAACUUCAUUUUGUUAGUUUCGGCCCAUCUCUCUAGUCUGUCAAGAUCGUUUUGAAUUCUGCUCUUGUCUUCUGGAGUGUUAGCUAUCCCUCCGAGUUUGGUGUCAUCUGCAAACUUGAUGAUCGUGCCUUCUAACCCUUCGUCUAAGUCAUUAAUAAAGAUGUUGAACAGAACCGGGCCCAGGACAGAACCCUGCGGCACUCCACUUGUCACUUCUUUCCAUGAUGAAGACGACGCAUUGGUGAGCACCCUCUGGGUUCGUUCGCUUAGCCAAUUACAGAUCCACCUAACCGUAGUUUUGUCUAGCCCACAUUUUACUAGUUUGUUUGCCAGAAGGUCGUGGGGGACUUUGUCGAAGGCCUUACUGAAAUCCAGGUACGCUACAUCCACGGCAUUCCCUGUAUCGACCCAACUCUGUCUGUCUGGCAUGACUUGUUUUUGGUAAAUCCGUGUUGACUAUUAGCAAUGACCGCAUUUGUUUCUAAGUGUUCGCAGACCACUUCCUUAAUGAUCUUUUCCAGAAUCUUGCCUGGUAUUGAUGUGAGGCUGACCGGACGGUAAUUGUUUGGGUCGUUCUUUUUUCCCUUCUUGAAGAUAGGGACCACAUUUGCCCUCCUCCAAUCUGCUGGGACUUCUCCUGUUCUCCAAGAACUCUCGAAGAUGAUUGCCAGUGGUUCUGAAAUAACUUCAGCUAGUUCCUUCAAUACUCUUGGAUGUAGCUGAUCUGGCCCUGGCGACUUGAAUUCGUUUAGAGUGGCCAGGUAUUCCUGGACAACUUGUUUCCCUAUUCGGGGUUGGAUUUCCCCCAAUCCAACCAUGUUGUCCAUUCCAUGUUGCUGAGGUUGAAGAUGGCUUUCUUUUUGUGAGAAGACCGAGGCAAAGAAGGCAUUAAGCAGUUCUGCCUUUUCCCUAUCCCCUGUCACCAUCACCCCAUCUUCUCCUUGCAGUGGCCCUAUCGCCUCCUUUUUCUUCCUUUUUCUACCAACGUAAGCAAAAAAACCUUUUUUGUUGUUUUUUAUGUCCCUGGCAAGCCUGAGCUCAUUUUGUGCUUUAGCCUUGCGAACCUUUUCCCUACAGGUGUUGGCUAUACGUUUGAAUUCUCUUUGGUGAUUUCUCCCCUUUUCCACUUCUUGUGCAUGUCACUUUUGAGCUUUAGCUCAGUUAGAAGUUCUUUGGACAUCCAUUCUGGCUUCUUUGCAUUUGUCUUAUUUUUCUUCUUUGUUGGCACUGUUUGCAUUUGCGCCUUCAGUAUUUCACUUUUGAAAAACUCCCAUCCAUCCUUAACUCCCUUGUUUUUUAAUAUUGGCAUCCAUGGGAUGCCGCUCAGUCAUUCCUUCAUUUUUUGGAAGUCAGCUCUCUUAAAGUCCAGAAUGCGUGUUUGACUUGUCUUAGUUUCAGCAUUCCUUUGUAUUGCAAACUGCAGGAGCACAUGGUCACUUGCCCCUAAGGAUCCAACCACUUCAACUGUAUUGAUCAGGUCUUCCACAUUUGUUAAGAUUAGAUCAAGAGUUGCUGAUCCCCUUGUUGCCUCUUCUACCUUCUGGAACAUAAAAUUGUCUGCAAGGCAAGUAAGGAAUUUGUUGGACUUUGUACUCUUGGCCGAGUUUGUUUUCCAGCAGAUAUCGGGAUAAUUGAAAUCGCCCAUGACUACUAUAUCUCUUCUUUGUGCCUGUUUGGUCAGCUGUUGAGAGAAAGCUUCAUCAAGUCCUUCAUCCUGACUCGGAGGUCUGUAGUAGACACCCACGACAAGGUCUUUUUGAGUCCCGGUUCCCUUGAUUCUUAUCCAGAUGCUUUCAAGCUGGUUUCCCGGAUUACAGUCUUGCAUUUCUUCUGCAACGUAACUGUUUCUGACAUAUAAAGCUACUCCCCCUCCUCUCCCCUUUGUUCUAUUUCUGUGAAAGAGGUUAUAGCCCUCAAUGGUUAAAUUCCAGUGAUGGGAGUCAUCCCACCAGGUUUCAGUGAUGCCUAUGACAUCGUAUGUGUGGUGCUGUGCUAAGAGUUGGAGUUCAUCUUGCUUAUUUCCCAUGCUCUGAGCAUUAGUGUAAAGACAUGUAAGCCCCUGUGACCUCCCCUUGAGCUGUUUAUUUGGGAUUAUUGUGCUCUCUGUACUUGGUCCUUGCUGUGUUUGUGCAGCCCUCCGUUUAGCCUUUUGGCGGUUCCCUGUAGUCGUGGGUAAUAUAGUGUUCAUCAGGCUGUUGUUCCCCUCCCCCAGUGGAUCUAGUUUAAAGUGCGCCUGAUGAGGUUUGUGAGUCUGUGUGCAAAAAGAUGUUUUCCUACUUGUGUGAGAUGCACCCCAUCACUUGCCAGUAGUCCAUCCUCUUGGAAGAGUAGACCAUGGUCAAGGAAGCCAAAAUGCUCCUCUUGGCACCAUUUUCUGAGCCAGUUAUUGACCUGUACUAUUUUUCUGGCCCUUGUAGAGCCAUGUCCUACAACGGGGAGGAGGGAUGAAAAGAUCACAUGUACAUUAUACAGUUUUAGCUUUGUUCCCAGAGCUCGAAAAUCAUUUGUGAUCUUUUGAAAAGUAUGCCUAGCGGUGUCAUUGGUACCUACAUGAAUCAACAUAAGGUGGGGAGGGUGAUGGGGCUUUAGGAGCCUGCUGAGCCUCUGAGUGAUAUGGUGUAUUUUUGCCCCCGGGAGGCAGCAUGUUUCUCGAGCCAUCCCAUCCGGUCUGGAAAUGAUGGCUUCCGUUCCUCUAAGGAGGGAGUCACCUACUACCAAGACCUGUUUCCUUUGAGGAUUGACAGGGUCCCUUUUGUGCAAGACAGUGUGUAUGUCCCCUGAAGAGUGUUCCUGUUGAAGUGAAUCAUGUAGGUGUAAAGUGUUGUCCUCCUCCUCAACAUCCCCAGUGCAUUCAUCAAUGACAAUCCAUUGAGAUACAUCCGAGAGCCCAUUACUCUCCCAAGGAUGUUCUUGUUGCUCCUGGUCUAUGAUUGGGGAUGGAGCAUUUGCAUGAUUACAUAAGUGUGAAUGUGGUGAUGUACUGUCCCCGUCAGGGCUAUCCCCUGCGCAUUGAUCAAGGGUGGCCCACUGAGUAGUAUCUAAGAAACUGUGGUCCUCCACAAGAUGUGCUUCCUGAUUGUAUGUUGAUGGUGUAAGAAUAUCAAAUCUGUUGUGUAAAUCCAGCUGAGCAGAGGAGUUCAGUGGAGGCUGCCUGGUCCUGUGUCUCCUUCUAUGGGUGACCUCCUUCCAAGCCUGAGGGUUGUCUACCUUUGAGUUGAUCUCCCCAUAAGGUUCAUGAUCAUGGUCAUGGUGGUGUUGGUGUGAUGCAGGCUGCAAAUCUACAGCAGCGUGUCGUGCAGUGUCCAAGAAGAGCUCGAGUGCCUGAAUGUCCUUAAGGGUCUUAAUACGGUGCUCGAGCUGUUGGAUCCUCUGCUCCAUCAGAGUCAUCUGUUUGCAUUUGGAGCAGAUGUAGUUGACUAGUUUUUGUGUGAAAAAGCGGAACAUGCCGCAGCUGGUGCAUGUGAUGGGAAUGUUUUGCUUUUGUUGCAUCUCUUGGUGAGUGUGGUGGCCAAGUGGGAUCUUUGUACAGUUAAGUAAUAUGCACGCACUUUAUGUGCAGACUGCCCCAAACCACCUCUUUGUGUAUUUGUUUAUGUUGUUUUGUUUCCUGUAUGUACUGCAAAGGAUAGUUAGUAAAGGUGUCUUUACUAAAUAAAGCUUUCCCAGAAACUCAAUUAACAGGGGACAAUGCCUGCUGUCAAUCAACUUAAGUAACUGGCUCUCUUUCAACACAACAGUCACACAACAGUUAGACUUUGACCACAGGAGCCAAGCCAAAACUCAGUUUAAAAUCUUAGCCAAAUCUUAGCCAAAUCCUACCUGAAGCCAGGGAGCAAAAAUGUCCUCCUGCUGCCUCUGCUUCUGCGAGAACCAACUGCCCAACUCUUUUCCUAUUCUGUUUACAUCCACCCCUUCACCUUGUUGUUUUAGCAAUGUGAUCUCUUCAGGGAUGAGGUAACUUCCUCUAUCUAGAUUGGAAUGUUAAUUGCCCCAAAGGAAGGCUCAGACCAUGCGAUCGUAGCCAUAUCUCUCUUCUUUGCCUUCCAACCAAGAAGGACACUUUUUGGCUUUCUCCUAGGCAAAAUGUAGCUAUCUAGAUGUUUGUUAUUUUUCCCUGUUUUACCUUCCUUAGAGCUAGCUUAGACAGCUAGUUAGCUCCAAAACCUUUUCUAUCUACAAUAGAUUUCUUUUUACCUCAAUAAAUACUUUUUGAACUUCCAAGGAGAUUUUUGCAAUCCUUUGCCAUCCUGAAGAACAAGGGCUUCUCCUAUCUCACCACACGUAAGCUUUUGCUGCUCAUGAAUCGUGGUUCUGCCACUCUGCUGUAUUUUUGAGGAAUCACCUUCAAAAGAGGGUUAUUUUUGAGUCUAACCACCCAACAACCAUCCUUAUACUGGGAGGUGGGUGAAACAUGCAGUGGCUGAGAGCGCUCCAGAGAGCUCUCCGUUGCUGCGUGCCUUCUUCCCUUGUCUUUUUGGCAUAAGGAUGCAGUGAGCCACUAUGUCCUUAUGCCAAGUGGACAAGGAAAAUAGUUUGGGCUUGAAGUAAGUGAUCAAAGGACCAUAUCUGGCCCCUGGGAUUUAGUUUGCCCUUGGCUGUCUUAAGCCUUCUCUGGAGCUUCCAGUGGUACAGUGAGUUAAACUGCUGAGCUGCUGAACAUGCUGACUGAAAAGGUCAGCGGUUCAAAUUCGGGGAGCGGGGUGAGCUCCUGAUGUUAACCCCAGCUCCUGCCAACCUAGCAGUUUGAAAACAUGCAAAUGUGAGUAGAUCAAUAGGUACCGCUCCAGUGGGAAGGUUAUGGCACUCCAUGCAUAACCUUGGAGGUGUCUACGGACAAUGCCGGCUCUUCAGCUGAGAAAUGGAGAUGAGCACCAACCCCCAGAUUCGGUCAUAACUAGACUUAAUGUCAAGGGGAAACUUUUACUUUUAAGCCUUCUCUGCACAAGAGUGCUGGGGCCUCACCAAAUUGCAGCUCCCAUGAGUCCAUAGCAUUGAAUCAAGGCAGAUAAAUUGGUGUUGAAAUGCACUAAUUCUACAGCGUAGAUACACCCUAAAUGCCCAUUCUCUUAGUACUCUUAUUGUUUUGACCUGGGCUAAAAUGUCCUAUUGCUUUCAUAUGGGAAGAUAUGCAUUGAAAAAAGACCAAUAUAACUCUAGGUAAAAAAAUAAUCUUAAGAAAAUUGAUUCAGAUCCAAAAACCCCAAUGAUAGCCUCCUUUUUGGUUAUUAGGAGGAUGGUGAAGGCAAAGUAAAUGCAUGGCAGGGUGGAAAGCACUUGUCUUGAGCCCUUUUCAUUCCUGUCUCAAGCAAUGUCCCUGACCUUUAAGAGAAGAUAUUGCAACUGUGCUCGAUUGUUGUGGAAAAUAGUUUAAUAAAGGACACUUUGGGAGAGCCA